GAAAUCACAACACCUAGGUUGGUAGUUUAUCGUCUUCAAUAUAAUAUAAAUACUAAUUGUAACCUGGAUAAACCAGUCGUAAGAUCAUCCUUAAAAUCCCCGGAAUAGUUUUAACAUGUACAAGUUGAAUAAUUCUGGUGGAUUGGAGAGGAUGGGGACGGGGGAAGAAAGUGUAAAAGCAGAGGCUCUGCAAAUCCUAAGCCUCUGUCAAAUUCUCCCUCGCUUGGUGGUCUUUGAUCUUGAUUACACCCUUUGGCCUUUUUACUGUGAAUGUCGAUCGCCAAGGGAGAAGCCAUCGCUUUAUCCUCAGGCCAAGGGCAUACUUAAUGCCCUGAAAGAAAAAGGCGUUAGUAUGGCCAUUGCUUCUCGAACUCCCACGCCUGCAACUGCUAUAACAUUUUUGAAAAAUCUUGGUAUCACAUCAUUAUUCACAACAAUGGAAAUAUACCCUAGUUGGAGUCAUAAGACCGAGCAUUUUGAAAAAAUUCAUCAAAAAACGGGAGUACCCUUAAAGUCAAUGCUCUUCUUUGAUGACGAGAAUCGGAACAUUGAAGCUGUUUCAAACAUGGGUGUAACGAGUAUUUGGGUGGGAAAUGGAGUUAAUAUUGAAGCUUUGAAUUCAGGACUUAGAAAAUUUUCUGGAUCGUCUGGUUCACGGAGUUCAGCUACACAAAAUCAGGAUGUUUAAAUUUGCAGCCAUGUUGCAAAUCCUGUAGUGAUUUUAUUCUUGAUUAUGAUUUUACAUAUUAAAUACCGUUGCUCUACCAAUAUUUCUCUAUUGAUUUGUUUCCUUGUUGAUCAACUGUAUUUCCUCAAAAGCAGUGACAUAAAAUUCGAAUUGAGGAGUUGAUUCCAUUACUUGUGAUAUUUCUAGCAUGGAAAUAUUCUCAUCAA